AUGGCGGUCCGUCUGAUCCAGCGCGUGUCCCGUCUGCUGGCAGCGCCAGUCUCCUUCCAUCCCCCGCCCGCCUCCGCCCCCUCAGAAUGUAUGAGAUUGUGUCAGUAUGCCCCGUGCUUCCCCUGCCAGGCGGCCCUGCACACCUCCUCCCUGCGAUUCCUGGUGGGGGACCUCCUAGAGCCUUCCCGAGACCUCCAGGAGCCUCUCCGAGACCUUCCAGAGACCUCCUGGAGCCCCCCAGAGCCCUCCCAGAGCCCCCUCACUUCUCAGAAGGAGUUCUUGUUCAUGUUGCAGACUUUGUCGGGGGUGGAGGAACUGCUGGAGAUUUCCAGAAAGCCAAAUCUGUCCGCCAACAGGAAGGUGAUGAUCAUCCAGGAGAUCGCACAGAGGCAAGACGGGGAUAAUGGGCGGGUCUUGGAGGAGCCCAGAUUCCAGGAUCUUCUGUACAAUGUAACUAGUCAGAUCCAAGAUCUCCAGAGCGGCAGCGUGAUUAGAUUGUUGAAGAGCUUGUAUGGACUCGGAUUGGACAGAAAUGACGAUUGCUUCCAGUCAGCGAUGGUUGAAGCGCAAUGGCGUCUCCAUUUAUUUAGUAUUGGAGGUCUGGCCCAGCUGUCGAGCUACAUUCCGCACUCUGAUCGGACCAAGGAAGAAAACAGACUGCUCGAUGAGCUGGUUAAACAAGUGGAGCUUCGAUGGUCAGAGAUAAAGGAACCGCGGACAGUGGUGACACUGAUAUCAAGCCUGGGCUCCGAGUCGAACUCCUUCAAGGAGAAACUGGAAGAUAAGGUCCUAGAACUUGCUGCAGGUUUGACACCUGAGCAGUCUCGGAAAGUCAUCACUGCCUUGGCAGCUUGGAAUCGGCGAACUUUACCUGUCCUGUGGGCGCUGUCCUUCCACCUCACACAGUACAGCGGUGAACUCUCCCCACCGGUCAUAUUAGAUUUGGCAUUUGCUUUCGCCAAGCUGAAUUACUUCCACAUGGAAGUCUUACAGAAGAUGGCCACCGACCUCAUGCCCAGAUUGACAACAAUGAAGCAGUCGAAUAUCGCCCUAAUGAUGCGCUCCUUUACCCACCUCAGAUAUUCCAACCAGCCUUUCUGUGAAGCCGUUGCUCAGGUAUGCCUGCAGCGCAGCGAGUUCUUCCACAUCAACCAGCUCUUCUCUGUACUUCUGAGUUUUGCAUUUCUCAACUUCCAGCCCCGUCAGAGCGAAGAGUUCUUCAAUAUGAUUCACCAACGUUUCGGCUCCGAAUUCGACUCGCUGAGCUGGAAGGUGCAGUUGGACACGGUGUGGUCGCUGUGUAUGCUGGGUCAUGUGACCACGACGUAUUUCCAGAAGAUUCUGAAUCCUGAGUUCUACAGCCAAGUCCUGGGGGAACAGUCAGAGAAAUCCGUCAGCCGUUGCCGAAAGUUACUGCAGAUAAAUGCCUCAGCGCAGCUGGAGAGCCCCGAUUAUCCGGGGCCCCUGCUUCCCAUUGAUGUACUGCAAACCCUACAGAGCCGGGUGGAUGUCAAGACAGGCAGCACCCUGCAGUGCGCAGUCAGCAAUGCGCUGAAAAAAGUCUUCCCCGACCCCGGGACCUGCAACUUCAACGUACGCACCAUCUAUGGCUGGAAUUUAGAUGGCGAAGUUGUCCUAGAUUCUGAUCUUGAAGCUCUAGCCCUGCAGGAUUUCGAGGCCCCCCACAAUCCGCAGUCUGGGGGGACCCAACCGCUGCCUGAGGGGGCGAGGAGGUUCGCCAUUGUGGUUCAGGAAUUCGCACACUUCGCGUUCCACGAAAAGGAAGUGCUGGGACGCGGCGUGAUGACCCGGCGCCAUCUGCGGGCAGCUGGAUUCCUGGUGGUGGAGGUGCCUUAUUACGACUGGAAGGGAUUACGUUCGGAACAGGAGAAGGAAAGUUUCCUGAAGGAUCGGAUUAGGAAUGUGAUGGCGGAGGACAUGGUGCAGUGA